AUGGCAUUUAAACAUCCCACCCUGAUUAACAUAAGGGACCUGGAUAUGUGCCUCUGCCACUGUAAGUUUGAAAAACCAAGCUGUUUUGUCAAGUCCUCCAUAUUUUACUCAUUCAAUGAUAACCACUUGUAAAGGGUUUCAAUUUUGUCUAUGCUUUUCUCAAUACUCUGACGGAAACUAUAUGCGGUUAAUUAUUAUCUCAUUAGUCCUUGAAGUGUCAUUUGCAACGGCGAAUGGAUCGUUCGUUUUAAACACCUCGCACAUUAUGUACACAUCUUUGUAAAACAUUUUUCAGACUUCUAAAAUAUACCUAAGGCCGCCUUAUUUCCUGCCGAUUCAAAAAUCAACAAAGAGUGUUUGUUUGCGUUAUUUAUUCUGUGCGUACUUACCGAGUUUGAGUCUUUCGCUCUCUAUCCACGUGUGCUGCACAAGGCCGACUUUAUUUGGCGUGCAUUCAUAUGUCUUUCAGUCUUUGUUUUGUCGGCUGUGUUGUGAUUGAGGAAUAUCAGUCAAUUUCACGCCACAGACCGCAUUCCUUUACACCGAGUCUCGAUUUCGGUUAGGUACUGAAGUGGUCAGCUUCGGUUUUUAUGACCUCAAUCAUGCUUUUUGAUGUGCGUUAAUAACUUUGCAAAGGUAAUUAACUAAGCUUUUAGCCGCAUACAACUGCCUCCCUAUCUUCGGGCACCUUCGUCCUUUCUGUUUAAAAUUAUCAAUUAGUAAGUUGAUAGUACGGAAGCUCAGAGGCGCACUAUUCGAGCUCUUUGGCCUUCUGGUACGUCGGCGCUUCGUGCGGUCAGGCAUUGGUUCGGGGUCGUAUGUUAGUGUAAGGGGGUCUGGCGGUGAAAUAUCCGCCACCAGCGAAUACUGUCAAUCGCACCUUAUGGCACUAAUCCCGUUUCGUAUUAUGUACUUUCAUGUCUCUGAAGACUUAGAUUAAUUUUAGUCUUCGUUUGCGGUGAACUGACAGUCGAAUUUUUUCGUCAGUUCACCAUGCAUGUAUCCAAUAAGUGAUCAGUUAUUUGGCACAUGCACUUUAAUUAAGGUUCCAGGCGUAAUUUAAGUUUUUCUCUGCGCUGAAUUUUGACAAGUACAAAUAAUUAUAACAAGUCAACGUAUCUGCGUAAAAAGCCUUAAAAAGCCCCCACUCAAGUCUUUUGCCUAUAUUUGUGUGUUUCGUCAGUUAGUACUGUUAUUAUGAACUGACACCAAAAAUGGUAUAUACUCCUGUUGACCUGACAAUACAGACUGAAUAAAAGUCCGAUAUUCUGGUUGAGCAAAGUACGAGAUGUCUGGGCUUCAUUAAAUUGGAAGUGGUUGAAGCUACGUAAGUGAAAUUUACAAAUUAGAAGUUUGCCGCAUUGUAUCUGCAGGGGUUUUGCACUUUCGAUCGUAGCCCCGGUCCACAUUGUGCCGCCAGUUAGUGUGAUGAAGGGAGAGCUGUGAUAUUUAACCGUAGUUAAAAGACACCUUGCGGUUUUUGCUCCCACCUCGAGGAACUGCUCUCCUUCCAUUAUCCUUUCAUUCCUCUGUUUCAAAGGCUGAGCUAUCUUCUCAUCUGGCGGUAGUCUCGAGGGAGGCCUGAACAUGUUCUUGUGCUUUUGCGCUUGUGUUGGAUCUAAGUUCCAGAUAAACUUGCCUUAACACCUCCAGGCGAAAUUCAUCGGGUUGUCUGUGCACGUAUGCCCGAGGCUCUCAGUCGACACUAUCAUAAGUAGCUUUGAUUUUCAGGUAGUGUGUAAAAUUCAUGGUGAGCACUGGUAACGUUGGUUUGAGAAAAAAUUAUAGACAGAUGUGCAUUGGCCCAACACAAUAUUUCUUUUCCAUUUAUUGUCUCCCUUCCGAGCAUCUGCUCUCAUUAGUUCAAAUUCAUGACAGCGAUCUUCAAUUUUGUGCAGCGUAGCAUCUUUAAGUAAUUCUAUCCGCUUUUCCCUUUCAAGACUCCCUAGCCGACAGAAUGGGGGAAAACUCCUUUAACACGGAUUGUUUGACCCUGACGAGGUACAUUAUUGCCGAGCAGGCAAAAUAUCCAGAAGCCACUGGUGAACUUACUCAGCUCAUGAACGGCAUCCAAACCGCCGUAAAAGCCAUUUCAAGUGCAGUUCGUAGGGCCGGAAUUGCUCAACUGUAAGCAUGUCAUACCUUCCUCCUGUUGCCUUAUGCAACUCCCCUUGAAUUAUGUAAUCUGUUCAUUUUCGUAAUUUUAGAUAUGGCAUGGCAGGACGGUCCAAUGUUCAGGGCGAAGAGGUUAAGAAGUUGGAUGUCCUUUCGAAUGAGCUUUUUAUCAAUAUGCUGAAGUCUUCCUACAGUACCUGCCUCCUGAUUUCAGAAGAGAAUGAGGAAAUCGUUCAGGUGGAACCCGAUAAACAGGCAAGUUACACUUUGAAAGACUGAAAUACCUUUAUGUCGUAUACUGCGGGUUGGGCACUGACACUGCUCGGUAUAUUUGCAUAUGUCACUGUAAUUUUAGGGCAAAUACAUUGUUACUUUCGACCCGCUCGAUGGCUCCUCAAACAUUGACUGCUUGGGCUCCAUCGGUUCCAUCUUCGCUAUCUACAAGGCCUCUGGAGUUGAUCGCAAACAGAAGGUUGCGCUAAGCGAGGCACUUCAGUGUGGGCGAAACGUCGUUGCCACUGGUUAUGCUCUCUAUGGCAGCUCCACCAUGAUUGUCCUUUCUGUUGGUUCUGGAGUCAACGGCUUCACUCUUGAUCCGGUCAGUCAAUGGCUUUUUCACAUUUAUGUUUAAGUUCGAUCUUCACCCGUUACUUUGUGCACGGUCCUAGAUUGAACUGGGAUAUCGAAAUAAAGGUUAAGUCCGGUGAAAUGAAGGUGCAAUAAUGUUUCGGGAAUUGUUAGUUAAAAUAGUUGCCGUGCGUGGUUUGCACAUCAAUCUUAAUUCAGUUUUUUUUAAUCCUUUGUGGCUUAUCAGACGGCUAGACUUAUCUGCACGAGGUGCACCUUAGUCUUGUAGACAUAUGUUUUGUGGCUGUCCCUAGGUUAGACGAGAGGAUAUUUUCAAGUGGACCUGGACCUACCCGCUUAUUUUAAUUCUCUUGAAGUAAAAUUAUCUCCUUUGCGUUAGUUUUUGGAGCCAUUACAAUAUUAUUCUAACUACUUCACGUCCAGGGCCUGUCUCAAGAAGUUAAUGAAUAGUGCGUUUGCUAACUAAUUUGCCCAUGUGGGCAUCUUGGUCAUAUCACCCAAAUACUUCUCUUGUGCUGUAAUGAGGCAGUUUCCUGAGGCCAGCCAGCAGUUUGGCUCUUUAAUCGAUCUGCUAGAAGAAGCGUUACUACUAUUUCUCAUUCAAGUAAGCGUUUGACCUCACCCGAUCGCCGUCUGAUUUAACCCCUCUGUAGCAUCAGCCAAAUAUGCUCAGUGAAUGGCGGAAUUCUCUAUGAAAAGUUGCAGUGAUAACCAGGCCUAAAGAUUAGCAGCUCCUCCACCUGUUCAUGCCGACCCCUUUGAAUGGAUGAAGCUCUCCUAGACAUGCUAGCUUAUCGACUCAACUUUUGGACAUUUUCAAGGUAUUUAUGGUCUGUGCUCGUCGAUUGAAAGCCCGCCCGGUUCAGUAAGUUGGCGUUGCGCAUCUGGUUGCGUCGUUGUGUUCGCUGCUCUGCUUAUAGCAGACCUCUGACAUUCAAUUUUCAAUCAUAGGCUCUCGGUGAAUUCAUUCUCACUCAGCCUCAAAUCAAGAUCCCCUCUCGUGGCAAGAUUUUUUCAAUCAACGAGGGCUACGCUCAGCUCUGGGACCAAGGUCUGACAAACUACAUUCACGAAAAGAAAUUCCCGAAGGUAUGUUUCACAAACACUUCUAUUUCUUGUCGUCUUUGCUCGGCUAUCUCUCGCCACUUUUUGGUAGCUGACCUUAGCUGGUUGUCCUGGAGUAACAAUAAACAGUUGAGGAAAAAUAGCUCCCCGAAGUCAAAUUAGCCUGAGAACGAAGUAGGACCGACCUAUUCCUUAUUCGGGUUUGCUCACCCUCCUAUUUUAAAGACGUAGACGUUUUUCUGCUCGGUCAUUUCAUCCAUGGUUGGGUUCAUGUGAUGAAUACGUUAAACUCUGUCGGGGCCUAACCGCUCCCAAACUCGUUGCUUUCUCUUCCGUUUUGCUACUUUGUUGACCUUUUACUGUUAUUAAUUUGCUCAAUCUUUGUCUAUUCACUUUCCCUGUGCAGAGUGGAAAACCAUAUCAGGCACGCUACAUUGGCUCUAUGGUGGCUGACAUUCAUCGGACCCUGGUCUACGGUGGCAUCUUUAUAUACCCCGCCAUGAAGGGUGUCCCGUCUGGAAAGGUAUGCUUCAACCCGCCUCCCCCCCCCCUUACGCUCUCCUCUAUCUGUUUGUCCUAUCCCCUCCAUUAGGCUUGGUAAGUUGUUUGAACGCCUGAAAUAAGCUGGUUCACAAGUCGGGUCCUAAAACACACAGAGUACAUAGCCUUUCCUUAAAGCCCAACCCGACUGCAGUGAGCUCGUCAGCUCAUAUUCUACUUGAAUCUUUCCAAAUCUGUCUGAAGUUUCCGGUUUAACCAUAUUGGACGGUUGCCUGUUCCGCUUCGUUUCACCAACGACCCGGGCAUUCACCGGUAUUCUUUACCUUAUCCACGCAGACUCGUCCACGAUAUCACUGAGACUUGUCCUCGCAUGCAGGGGGCGUCCCCCUUCUAGUCUUGUUCGUAUCCUACCGUUUCGGUGAUGCAGACUGAGUGUUCGAAAAGUAUUAGGAUAUGAUGGCUAGAACCCAUUUGUGGGUGAUCUUGUAGGUGCUCUAUGCCGUAAUCCUCUCGAGAAAAGACACUGUCUAGACAGUUUGAACGUUUAGAGAUAUAUGCAGAGCGAAACUAUUGACAAAGGGAGGUUGAAGUGGCCAUUUGUGGCGUAUUAGCCGUCGUCAGCCAGCCGUACACAACCCCAGGUUUGGGGGCAUAUGCGGCUCUAACCUGGUCUGGUGGUUGUGACCAGUGAGCUUACCUCUAUCACAGUUCGAAAGUUGUCCUUCCGUAACAGCCAUCCCCGAGUGUCAUAGCAGAGUAGACUCUCCGCUAGCAAGUGAUGACAGAACGUGACUGGUAGACCGAACACAGUCCAUGCCUAUCAGUCGAGCUGCAUAGAGCGGAUAGCUGCCAGCUGCCAGUCUCGUGUGCAAAGAACUCCCGACUGAAGAAGUGUGUAUCCUUUAUAUUAACUAUUACAGGCGUAGCAGGUCACUCGGGUGGCGAGUAAAUUGAACCAUUUACGGCAGUGGUUUUUUUUAUGGGAGUUUACAAUUGCCGUGAGCGGGUUGGUUCUUAUUGUGUACUUACAGUAUGCUUUACAACAAUAGGAGGAGCAUCGAUCGACUCCCUAAAUAUGCUUUCCAUUAGAAGGAACUAUUUACAGUAGAUCUUCCAUUUCACAAAGUUUUAACCGACAUUCCGAACUAUGUUUUCGAUUCAAAAGUAAGAUACAUAAGUACGGUUGUAAUAUAGAUUGUGUCGCAGCAUAAUUCUAAGACACUUAAAGCUCGCCGGGAUGCGGACUUUGAAUAAGCUGCUUUUUCAGCCGCCUGAAAGAGCCACACUCUGUAAAAAAAACGUCCGCCUUAGUAGUAUGAAUUUUUCACAUUGAUUUUCGACCUCCGUAUAUCCCCAAUUAUAUGCUGUAGAAAAUACGCCCACAAACUUUUUUCUUGUGCCCACUUGGUAGUUAGAUCAAAUCUUCUUUUACUUGGGGGGGGGGGGGAGUAUGUUUUAGUCUUCAAAAGCGUUUUCGAUUCCUGAAUAUUUUUUGUCCCAUCCGUCGUUGCACUUGCAUUCAGGAUUUCCAAACUAAGUGCCCUAUACAUUCGGUCAAAACAAUAUCACACAUUUCUCUACCAUGCAAUGAAUGUGGGCCAGGUCGUAUGCUUUGUAUGAGGCAUUCGUAAAAGUGCUGAUGCGGCGCUGUGUAAAUGGACUUUUCGCUAUCUUAAAAAGUCCCAUAAGUAGAAACUUUCCAAAAACCAGAAGAUGCCCUCUCUUCAGGCAUAAGAUUUGCAGAAGACGCAGUUUGCUACCAAAGGAGUACAAGGGAGGAUAUUAUCGUGAAUGCUUUCUAGUAAAUAUAGUUGAAUUCAUAGAAGGAUGUAAAAUCAAUUAAAAAAAGAAGUCAUGCCACAAAAAUAGCCACUUUUUACAGAGCGUGGUUUUUGCAGGCGACCGAAAAGAAGCUCAUUCAAUGGCCGUGACUGAAAGAUCUUAAGGCCGAACUGCACGAUAACCAUUACAGCCAUAUUUACGUAAUCUUUUCGAAUCGAAAACAUAUUUCAGAAUCUCAGUCAACAUUUCAUAGGAUUGCCCAUUUACUGUAAGUCGUGUGUAUCCCGUAAGUGGCCGAUCUCAUGAAAUGCUGGCCGAAGGGCCAAAAUGUGUUUCCGAUUAGGAAGGAUUACUCAGGUGGGGUUCUAAUACGUGUUAUCUUGCGGCAUAGUUCUCUGAUAUUUCGGACUCGGCAGGAUAUCAGCUUUUGAAUGCACCUCUUUCCCAUUUCCUGUAGAAACCGUACUCGGCAAAAAAUGGCUACUUAAGUAGCAUGCAUUUUUCACAUAGAUUUUCGAUGGUCUUGCAAAUUCGAAUAUGUUUUAUGAAAAACAUGAACUAAAAUGUGCUUUUUCCACUUGCACGAUAGAGAAUUAUGCCGUCUUCCUAUUUUGUACUCAAAGAAGGAAUAUAAAUAGCUUUUAAUAAAGUUUUCUUAUUCCCGAAUUAUUUGGAGCCUGAUUAGCCAUUGCAUUAGUGCUUAGUGAUGUUAAUCUGCAAGGAGCAUGCGUUCCGCGUAGGGAAAGUCAUAUGUUCUUCUAUGACUUUAAAAAAUACCAUAUAGAGUCCAUAGCAUUUUGCAAUGGAUGGGGAUUAUGUUGUACAUUUCAUGACGGGAAGUGGUAAACAGAGAGUUACGAUGCCGUACGAAUGGACAUUGCACGGUCUUAAAAAAAUCUCAUAAUUAAACACUUUUGUAAAACCUAAUUAUAAUUUAUCCUUGAGUAUAAAAUAUAAAUGUUACAUGAUUCUCUAUCGAAUGAGUGAAAAAAGCGUGUUUUUGUUCAUGUUUUUUAUAAAAUAUAUUUGAGUCUAUAAGACCAUCGAAAAUCAAUAGAAAAAAUGCAUGCUACUUAAGUAGUCAUUUUUGCCGAGUACAGUUUCUACUGGAAAUGGAAGAGGUGCAUUCAAAGGCUGACAUCCUGCUGAGUCCGAAAUGUUAUAGGAUUGUGCCACAAGAAAAUUAGUAUUAGAAGCCGACUUAAGUAAUCCUUCCUUUCCACUAGGAAAAAUCACCUUAUUGGAGAUGCAAUGCUUAUAGGCCCGAGAUUAUUAAGAUUUUAUUCAUUGCUGGUCCUGAAUGAGGGACUUUCUAGUCAGUUGUAAGUAUCCCCUUUCGGGACACUUAGUAUGCAUCUUUACCCUUAGUUUUUGUUUAUCUAACGUCAGUGGUAAGUGCCCCUUCAUCACAGUCAACCGGUAGAAGGCCGCGUCUUCUUAUGAGUUAAUGCCGUUGAACACCUCAUAGUUUCGUAUUACGAAAGGCAACGACUAGGGAGACUGGAAUGCCUAUUUAUUGACAAGUUAUUCAUUGCCAGCCAAGAAUAACCGAAUUCCAGAUCGACAAAACCUGAGCUUGGAGCUGAGUUCUGUUUGAUAAUUGACUCAGCCAGGGGUAAUAUCCAAAUUCACGCGAUGGUUUCGCUCACCUAUCUAGCCUGACUUGCGACAUAGCUUGACUUUUUUGCACGUCUUCCAAGUUUUCAGGGCAAAAGUAGUUUAUACGUACUAGCCCCACUGAAUAUGGGGAAGUGGUAGAUGGGCGCCUACCGAUCGUUCUUACGGAAGUCACUCGUACCAUUGUGCCUUGGGACUCUUUCUUGAUCCCUGCCAGCAGCCGCACAGCGGCGCAUGAUACAUAGGCAGAAUAACAUUAUCGAUAAAAACAAGGGAGACUGGAAUGGCCAUUUCUGGCUUAUUAGCUGUCAUCAGCCAGUCGUACCCAACCCCGAAGUUUCGCAACCUCCGAGGGUCGAAUCCGCGUUCUGCUGGUUAGAAGUUCAAAGCCUGAAUCAGUGAGCCAGGGGGUUGUUUUCCAGUGGAUUGCGAUCGCGUAUAUUAACUGUGUGCUGCCCGAUCGUGUUUCGGGGCAUACUCGUCUGUUGUGUCUUGAGGCCGGAUCUGGAUAGGUAAGUCCGUGGCUUAAUGGUCGGAACAUCUGACUUGUAAUCAGCAGAGCCGGAGUUCAAUUCUCAGGUGCCCCCAAAUCUGGCUGACGAUGGCUGAUAAGGCAGAAAUGACCAUUUCAGUGUAUCUUGUUUUUCAUGUAUUUUUCAGCAGAUUUUGAAUAUUUCAUAUUCUAAGUGUGGAACGGCUGACAUGCCUUCUGGACAGGCUUUAGAACCCUUCAGUAGUAGACCACUUCUACCAAGCUGGACAUUUCGAAAUGUUUCUGCAUGGCAUCUUCUUUACCAAAGCAUUGAACUCCUGGACGACAUACUCUCCUACGGACGUUUUGUAACCGCCUUCUAGGACAUAUAACUGAUCAAAAGAAGAGGGGUCGUUCGGUGGGAGGGGUUUAUUUGACAUCCGACGUUUCGGGUAGUUUAUUCGUCUACUCAUCUUCAGGGACUGGGAAGUCCUGUGCACAGCACUCCUUAUUAUGGCGCCCUUUGUCCAAUGCGUGAUCCGUCAAUGCCGCCUGUGUGGCUGUAUCCAACCCGCAUGUCACCGUGAAUAUGGGUAGACGAAUAAACUACCCGAAACGUCGGAUCUCACCUGGGAAUCGCAUUUUCACUACUAUUGACAUAUAACUGACCUCACGCAAACACUGGAUGUCCAUCUGCAGCAACACACACCCUGACUUAGUUCUGAUUUCUUUGCACAUGAGAUCACACCUGGUGGGGGAGAAACCUUUUGAAAUUUGAGAUGUCUUGGCGCCUUACUUCUGUGGGAAUCAUACCCCCUGUUUGCCCCCACUCCAACUCUGGAUGACGAGUCUUUUCUGCCUACUGGCACGUUUUAGCCAUUCUAGGUGGUGCUUUACACCUUUUUGGCGUCGACUGUAGACCAGGGGUUUUUCUACUUCAGCUCACGUGUCAUACGACCGUUUUUCUGUCGUAAUUGCACAUUGACCAACUACUUUGCCCGCAUAUAAAUUGUUUCAUUUUCUGCAUCUACGUUUUGCUUGCCGUUGCGCCUGCUAGAAAUGAGCCCUCUUGUCUUUUGUAGUUGAGGCUGCUCUACGAGUGUGUCCCCAUGGCCUUCCUCAUGGAGCAGGCUGGUGGCAUGGCCUCUAAUGGCAAGAUCCCUAUCCUCGACAUCCAGCCUCGUCAGAUACACGAGCGCGCACCCAUCUACUUGGGCAGCCCUGAGGACGUGCAAGAGGUCCUCUCAUUCAUCAAUCAAUAA